AUGUGGCCGGCAACGUGGGUGGAUGUCUAUCUGCGAGAGGACGAGGACGAGGUAGAGUGGGGAGCCGCCAAGUCUUAUGCCCAGAAUGCCGCCCGGUUCGCCCGAGAGAGGCCUGUGGGGCUACUCCGGGAGGCCUGUGCGGGUGUUUCUCCUAUUCAUGAGUGCCUUUAUGGCCCUUCGUGUCUGGCUCUCGGCAGGGUGGAAACCCAAAACUCGCCUGGGUCUGUCCCCGUAUAA